AUGUCCAAGACUGAUCAAAAAGCCUGCCUCAUCGUCAUUGACGGUUGGGGCAUUCCCUCUGCCGACAGCCCCAAGGACGGCGAUGCCAUCACCAACGCCAAGACCCCCGUCAUGGACGCUCUCUACAAGGACUCCAAGGGCUACACCGAGCUCGAGGCCUCAUCGCUAGCGGUGGGACUUCCCGAGGGUCUCAUGGGUAACUCUGAGGUUGGACACUUGAACAUUGGUGCUGGUCGCGUUGUGUGGCAGGACGUUGUCCGAAUCGACCAGACCAUCAAGAACGGCCAGCUGGCCCAGAAUGAUGUUAUCAAGAAGACUUUCCAGAGUGCUGCUGCUGGAAACGGCCGACUACACCUCUGCGGUCUUGUCUCCCACGGUGGUGUGCACGCCAAGCAAACCCACCUCUACGCCCUCCUCAAGGCUGCCAAGGAGUAUGGUGUGCCAAAGGUCUUCAUCCACUUCUUCGGUGAUGGCCGUGACACCGACCCUAAGUCCGGCGCCGGCUAUAUGCAGGAACUUGUUGAUACUGCCAAGGAGAUUGGCAUCGGUGAGAUCGGUACCGUUGUUGGCCGAUACUUCGCCAUGGACCGCGAUAAGCGUUGGGACCGCCUCGAGAUCGCCCUUAAGGGUCUUGUCCUCGGUGAGGGUGAGGCCUCUGAGGACCCCGUUGUUACCGUCAAGGCUCGAUAUGAGCGAGGUGGUGAUCUUGAUAGGGAUGAGUUCCUUACUCCCAUCAUUGUUGGCGGCGAUGAGCGCCGCAUCAAGGAUGACGAUACCGUCUUCUUCUUCAACUAUCGAUCCGACCGUGUCCGCCAGAUCACCCAGCUUCUGGGCGAUGUUGAUCGAUCUCCUCUUCCCGACUUCAAGUACCCCAAGAUCAAGCCCCUUGUCACCAUGACUCAAUACAAGGGUGACUACCCCUUCGAGGUUGCUUUCAAGCCCCAGCACAUGGGUAACGUUCUCGCCGAGUGGUUGGGCAAGCAAAACGUUGAGCAGGUCCAUAUUGCUGAGACCGAGAAGUAUGCUCACGUCACCUUUUUCUUCAAUGGUGGUGUUGAGAAGGUCUUCCCUCUCGAAACCCGUGAUCAGUCCCAGGAUCUUGUCCCCUCCAACAAGUCCGUCGCUACCUACGAUCUUGCACCUGAGAUGUCUGCCGAUGGUGUUGCCGACCAGGUUGUCAAGCGCCUGGGUGAGCAGAAAUUCCCCUUCGUCAUGAACAACUUUGCCCCUCCUGACAUGGUUGGUCAUACUGGUGUCUAUGACGCUGCCGUCAUCGGCUGUGAGGCCACCGACAAGGCCAUUGGAAAGAUUCUCGAGGGCUGUAAGAAGGAGGGCUACGUCCUCUUCAUCACAGCCGAUCACGGCAACGCUGAGGAAAUGAAAUUCCCUGAUGGAAAGCCCAAGACUAGCCAUACCACAAACAAGGUGCCCCUCCUCAUGGCCAACUACCCCGAGGGCUGGAGCCUCAAGAAGACCGACGAGGGUGUCCUCGGUGAUGUUGCCCCUACCGUGCUUGCUGCCAUGGGUCUGCCUCAGCCCGAGGAGAUGACUGGCAAGUCCCUUCUCCAAAAAGCUUAA